AGGUGAGAGCAGCAAAUAGCUGCUCCAGGCUCUACCCAAUUUGGAGAAUCCUUCUUGUGAUAGACAACCUGGAUGCCAUUUCUCUGAUAUUCAUUCCCAUAUUUGGUUGACCUACAACCUUUAUUAAUGGAGAGGUAGCCUGGUCAGCCACUGGAUCAGUCAUUUCUCUUAAGGUUGACAGUCAGAGCACAAAUCGUUACUUCCUGUGGAGUGAAACGCCUUAGGUUGAAAAAUGGGGGAUGCUGCCAUGAAAGAGUUUGGGGCGGCGGCUCCUUACCUGAGAAAGUCAGAUAAGGAGCGUCUGGAGGCCCAGACUCGCCCAUUUGACAUGAAAAAACAGUGUUUCGUUCCUGACCCUGAAGUUGAGUACGUUAAAGCAACAGUCACUAGCCGCGAUGGCGACAAAGCCACCGUCGACACUGAAUUUGGAAAGACCGUCACAGUGAAGGAUUGCGAUGUGCACCCUCAGAACCCGCCAAAGUUCGAUAAAAUUGAAGACAUGGCGAUGUUCACCUUCCUCCAUGAACCAGCUGUGCUGUUUAACCUCAAAGAGCGUUACGCAGCGUGGAUGAUCUACACCUACUCUGGGUUGUUCUGUGUGACUGUCAAUCCCUACAAGUGGCUGCCAGUCUACAAUCAGGAGGUGGUCGCUGCCUACAGAGGAAAGAAGAGGAGUGAAGCUCCUCCUCAUAUCUUCUCCAUCUCUGACAAUGCCUACCAGUACAUGCUGGCAGACAGAGAAAACCAGUCAAUCCUUAUCACUGGAGAAUCUGGAGCUGGAAAGACUGUCAACACCAAGCGUGUCAUUCAGUACUUUGCCAGCAUUGCUGCUGUCCCAAGUGGGAAGAAAGAUUCAGCUGCAGAGAAGAAGGGAACCCUUGAAGAUCAAAUCAUCCAGGCUAACCCUGCUCUAGAGGCCUUUGGCAAUGCCAAGACCAUCAGGAAUGACAACUCCUCCAGAUUUGGUAAAUUCAUCCGUAUUCAUUUUGACAACCGAGGAAAGCUGGCCUCGGCUGACAUCGAGACCUACCUUUUGGAAAAGUCUCGUGUGACCUUCCAGCUCAAAGCUGAGAGGGACUACCACAUUUUCUACCAGAUCCUGUCUCAGAUAAAGCCUGAACUUCUAGAGAUGCUGCUCAUCACCAACAACCCUUAUGACUACGCCUUCAUCUCCCAAGGAGAGACAACAGUAGCCUCUAUCAAUGAUUCUGAAGAGUUGAUGGCCACUGAUGAAGCCUUUGAUGUUCUGGGCUUCACUCAAGAAGAGAAGAACAGUAUUUACAAGCUUACUGGUGCAAUCAUGCACUAUGGCAACAUGAAGUUUAAACAGAAGCAGAGAGAAGAGCAGGCAGAGGCUGAUGGUACUGAAGAUGCUGACAAAGUUGCAUAUCUGAUGGGCCUGAACUCUGCUGACCUCAUCAAAGGUCUCUGUCACCCAAGAGUCAAAGUAGGAAACGAGUGGGUCACCAAAGGACAGAAUGUCGCCCAGGUGUACUACGCUAUCGGUGCACUGGCUAAGUCAGUAUAUGAGAAGAUGUUUCUGUGGAUGGUGGUGAGAAUCAACCAGUCCCUGGACACCAAACAGCCUCGCCAGUAUUUUAUUGGGGUGCUUGACAUUGCUGGAUUUGAGAUCUUUGAUUUCAACACCUUUGAGCAGAUGUGCAUCAACUUCACCAACGAAAAACUGCAACAAUUUUUCAACCACCACAUGUUUGUACUGGAGCAGGAAGAGUACAAGAAAGAGGGCAUCGAAUGGAAGUUCAUUGACUUUGGCAUGGAUCUGCAGGCCUGUAUCGACCUGAUUGAAAAGCCCAUGGGUAUCAUGUCCAUCCUUGAAGAGGAGUGCAUGUUCCCCAAAGCCAGUGAUGCCACCUUUAAAGCUAAGCUCUAUGACAACCACCUGGGAAAAUCUAACAAUUUCCAGAAGCCCAGAGUUGUCAAAGGAAAACCAGAGGCUCAUUUUUCCCUUGUGCACUACGCUGGAACUGUUGAUUACAAUAUCAACAACUGGUUGGUGAAGAACAAGGAUCCUCUGAAUGAGACUGUUGUUGGUCUUUUCCAGAAGUCUAACCUUAAGCUUUUAGGCUUGCUUUUUGCUGGAUAUGCAGGAGCUGAUUCAGCUCAGGAAGGUGGGAAGGGCAAAGGUGGAACCAAGAAGAAAGGUUCUUCCUUCCAAACUGUAUCAGCUUUGCACAGGGAGAACCUGAACAAGCUGAUGACCAACUUGAGGUCAACUCACCCUCACUUUGUACGCUGCAUCAUCCCCAACGAGACCAAGACUCCAGGGGCCAUGGAGAACCCUCUGGUGAUGCACCAGCUGCGCUGUAACGGUGUGCUGGAAGGCAUCAGGAUCUGCAGAAAGGGUUUCCCCAACAGGAUCCUCUAUGGAGAUUUCAAGCAGAGGUACCGUAUUUUGAACCCUAACGCCAUUCCCGAGGGACAGUUCAUUGACAACAAGAAGGCUGCUGAAAAACUUUUGGGUUCUUUAGAUUUAGACCACAACCAGUACAAACUGGGACACACCAAGGUGUUUUUCAAGGCUGGGUUGUUGGGCCAGCUAGAGGAGAUGAGAGAUGACAGAUUAGCCCUAAUCAUCACUGGCAUCCAAGCUCGAUCAAGAGGCCUUCUGGCAAGAGUUGAAUUCCAGAAGAUUGUUGAACGCAGGUAACUUAUCAAAGCUUGGU